AUGGUGUGGGCCCUGAAGAAACUAGAGCCAUAUCUCUUCGGGCAAUGCUUCACCGUGUACACCGACCACUCUCCCCUGACCUGGCUACACCAAAUGAAAGCAGCCAAUGCCAAGCUCCUGAGGUGGAGCCUGCUCCUGCAGGAUUACGAUAUGGAUGUGGUCCAUGCUUUGUCCUCCACUUGUUUCCUGCCCCCUGCCCCAGCCUCCCCUCCUGUCCCGCCAGCGUCUGUCACCCUCCGGCUGCUCCAAAUCUAUGUCUUCCACAACGCCAGCUCCAUUGGCAUGGAGGGGAUGGCCCUGCUGGGCGACCUGGAGACCCACUCCAUGGACUGCAUCACCUGCAAGAUCCGCUUCCGGCAGCCCUGGGCCCAGCAGGGCCUGACCCCGAAGCAGUGGCAGGACCUGGAGCUGCUGAUCCAGCGCUCUCUAUCCGACUUCAUCCUUAAAGUGAACAGAAGAGCUCAGCAGCAGGGAAUGGGCUACCCCUUUGUAAUCCAGGGCUCCCUCGGGUGCGAGCUGCACCCCAAUGGCACCUCGAGGCGAUUCUAUGACGCUGGAGUGAACGGCGAGGACUUCAUCAGCUUUGAGGCGGACGCAGGCAAAUGGGUUGCUCAGCAGGGGGAUAAUGUGGCUGCGCUCUACGCCCGGGACCUUCUCAACCGGGAUAAAGGUGCAGCCAGCGUGAUUCAGUUUCUCCUGAGAACGUGUGUCAAUGAGCUCAAGAGCUUCGUCCAGCAUGGGAAAGAGUCUCUGGAGAGGCCAGAGCGGCCAGUAGCCGUGGUGUUUGCCCGAGCGCCUCCCCAAGCUGGGACCCCUGCGCCGUUACUGCUGGUUUGCCAGGUCACCGGUUUCUACCCCCGGCCCGUCUGCGUGGCCUGGCUGCAGGACGGGGAGGAGGUGCCACCGGUGUUGCUGAACUCCAGCGGGAUCCUGCGCAGCUCCCUAGCCGUGGAGCCAGGCAACCGGCACAGCUACGCCUGCCGGGUGGAGCACAGCAGCCUGGGGGGCCAGAGCCUGCUGAUUCCCUGGGAGCAGACCAGGCGCUGGGGCCCUGGCCUGGUCGUGGGCAUCUUCCUGGGGGUUGUGGCCAUAGCUGCCGUAGCCGUGGUGCUGUGGUGGAGCAGACGCAGGGGCUACCAGGAUGUUGGACCAGGGGAGUCCAGUCCCUGAGGGGGUGGCACCGGCCCAGGCGUGGGGAUCGGCCCGUCUCCUGGGGACAUGGACCUUGGGGAUGGAUCUGUGCCCGGCUCCAGAGCUGAGGGCCCCGAGGGCAGGACUGGAUC